AUGAUUAUGAGGCAAGCUUCUUUGAAAGAAUUAAAAUUUUAUUCAAUUAUUAACCACUUUCGAAAUAGCACAUUUGGAACUUACCCUGGAGCAAUAGAUUGCAUAAAAAACCUUUCAACAUUAAGUUGUAAUUCAGAUAUUUAUCCCGAAUUUUUUUAUCAACUAUCUCAAAUGUGUCAUAACAUCCAAUCACUUGGGGUACAAUUUAGGAGUGACAUUUCGAACGGGUUAGCGGACCUAAUUUCCGUUCAACAAAAUUUAAAGUACUUGACCAUCCACCAAUCAUACAAGUGUUUAUCGUAUAUAGUCCCUUUAUUGACCAAACAUUCAACCACCUUAAUAAGAUUACAGAUUAAUGGGACGGGGAAUUAUGAAUCAUUGUUAUUCAUUACUAAUUUCAUAAAUUUACGAGAGCUCAUACUAUCAUUUGAUUACGAAUACGUUUUUGAAGAUUUUCGAACAUUACAAGAUGUUACCUUUCCACGUUUACGUAUUUUAAAAUUUCCGAAUAAAUGUCCGAAUCAUGAAUAUUUGAUUAAAUUUUUGGAGAACAAUGGAAAGAAUUUAGAAGAGUUUGAUAUUGACAUUACCGAUAAUUCAUUAAAUUUAGCCAUCGCUAAAUUUUGUCCAAAUUUGAAAUCAUUAUUCACUACAUUUUUGGAUGAUGAAGUCGAAACGUUGAAAACGAUUUUGAACAGUUGUCAACGACUGGAAAUCAUUAAAGUUUGGUGUGGCGUUUGGCUUAGAGAAUACUAUUUAGAUGAAAUAGAGUUGUUUGACGUUGUUGCAAGACAUUCCCCUAGAAAUUUUUGCGAGUUAAGGUUAUGUUAUCCAUACAAUGUACAAUUUGAAAUACCUUCGGUUGAAUUGGAAACCUUUUUUCAACGUUGGAAGGAUCGUACGCCACGAAAAUCACUUUCUUUUAUGAUCGUGGGAUAUAUUUUAGAGGUUAAGGAAGAAAUCAUGAAAGUGAUUGAAGAAUAUAUUAAAUUAGUUGAUCGUCUUUGGUGCGAGGUCUCUGUUCGAAUCUUAUGGAGAAGCGUUUGGAAUUAUAAUACUUUAGUCGCUUGUCUUCCUACUAAAUCGAAAGAAGUCUUGUACAAGAAUGAAAUCGUUAUCCAAUUCCCUUAUCCUAAAUCCCCUCUAUUCAAUUAUGUAUCGUUCCUCAGACGUAUUUCGAUUGAUGAAAUCGACAGAAAGAUUGCGAGUAUUCUUAGAAACAAACACCCUGUUACUUCACGAAGUGUGGUCAUGCAAGAAGUAUUUAAAAUGAUCAUGAAACAAAUUUAUUUGAAAGAACUAAGCGUUUACUUUAGCUCAGACUACAUUUCGAAUAUACCAUUCACCACUUAUCCUGGAGCGACGGAAUGUCUAAAAGAUCUCACGGUGUUGGGCUUUAGUUCGUUUUAUUCCGAAUUUUUUCAUCGAAUAUCAUUACUAAGUCAUAACAUACAAUCACUCACGAUAAGGGUUGAAAGUGAUAUUACAGACGGGUUGGCGAAUUUGAUUUCCUCUCAACAGAAUCUUACGUGCUUGAGCAUCUUUUAUGAUGAUAAUUAUAUGAUAGACAUAGCAGAUAUCAUUUCAUCGGCAAUCAACCUUCCCGAAAAUUUAACCGUGUUAAACCUUUAUGGGGAGUAUUAUUAUAGAACGGUGUUAUUUAUCUCCAAAUUUACAAAUUUACGAGAACUCUUAUUAUCUUUUGAUUCUGGAUAUACUUUUGAGGAUUUUGAAGAAUUACAACACGUCGUCUUUCCAAAAUUGCGCGUUUUAAAAUUUCCGAAUAAAUGUCCGGCAUCAGAUUACUUGAUCAAAUUCUUGGAGAACAAUGGAAAGAAUUUGGAAGAAUUUUACAUUGAUACGAAUAAUUCAUUAAAUUUGGCCAUCGCAAAAUUUUGUCCAAACAUGAAAUCAUUAUUCACCACAUUUCUGGAUGGUGAAGUCGAGACGUUAAGGUUAAUCUUGAAUAAUUGUCGACAACUAGAAAGUAUUAAAGUUUGGUGUGGGAUUUGGUUCUCGGAAAAUUAUUUAAAUGAGAAGGAUUUAUUUGAUGUGAUUGCGAAAUAUUCACCAAAAAAGUUAUUCGAGUUAAGGUUGUGUUAUCCUUAUGAUACGAAAACCGAAUCAUUUUCUGAUGAUUUAUUAGAAAACUUUUUUAUAAAUUGGUCGAAACGUGUACCACGAGUAACCCUUUCUUUUGUUAUAGUAGGGUAUAGUUUAAAGGUUAAAGAAGAAAAUAUGAGGAUAAUUGAAAAAUAUAGUAAAUUAGAUGUCAUUAAGAAAUUUAAAGUUAUAAAGGACUAUGAAGAAUAA